AUGAGCAGUGACGAAGAUGAAACUAUACUUGAACUCUGCAAAGAAUUAAAGAUAAAAAUACCCCCAAAAAAACCAAAAUCACUUACCCACAAUUCUAUACACCCAAUUUCAAACCUUGAAAAUCUAGACCUUAAUAAUUUACCUAAUAUAUUAAUAUUAGAUAAUAAUGAAAAUACAAUAGCUUCUGAUUUAGUUGCACAGACUUCACAGCAAAUUUUAGCACACGAUAAUUUAAAUAUAACUACUGAAAAUGUAAUUACUACAUUAGAAGAAGUUGAUCAGUCUGCAUUGAUAAUAACAGAAGAAGUAAUAGAAACAUCUAUGAUACAAGAACCAGAAGAAAUGCUUGAAAAGCAAACACGAGUAGUAUCUUUAGAAGAAAUGAGCUCCGAGAACGUACCUGAUCUAACAACUGUAACGGAUGGAUUAAUUGAUAAUGAACAGAAUUUAAUUCAAGAUGUUGAUAAUGUAGAAGUUAAUGAAAACGAAAAAUCAACUAACAACGAAUAUUUUGGAGAUCUUAAUUCUAAGCGUAAAAGAAAAUCUAAAGGUCAAGUAAAGUCGGAUAACAAAAGGGAGUGGACCAAAAAUAAAUGCAAAAAACUAAGAUUAGAGGGAGAGUCGUACAUGGGAUAUCGGCGAGAUAGCAAGCAAGAGAAGUUUCAAGUAUUACAUGAUGUUAUGCGGCCUGCGCGUGAAAUAGGACCUCGUUGCUUUUCUGAGUUUUGUAAGAAAUCCAAACUUCGUGGAUGUAACAACAUAGCAGAGACAGAGAGACAAGAAAUUUUUAUUAUUUUUUGGAAACAAAUGGACUGGUCUCAGAGGCAGCAGUAUGUUGUUUCUAAUGUUGAAUGUGGAAAUAGAAAACAAAUAAAGAAGAUAGAUUCUGCUUCAAGACGAAAUUUGAGCAAGCAAUAUUUUUUAAACACUGAGUCUCAAGGCCGUGUUCAAGUAUGUAUGAAAACGUUUUUAAGCACUCUAGGUAUUACAGAAAAUUCUGUGCGUUAUUGGAUUGAACAUUCUGAAAAAGGCAUGACAAGAAAACAUGGAGGGACACGUCCACUUCAGGAGAAAAGAUCAAAAGACUGCAUGAUCUCUCUAAAUAAGUUUUUUGAUGAUUUACCCAAAAUGCCAUCCCACUAUUGUCGGGCGUCAAGUACAAAACUUUAUUUAGAACCAGUUGUACAGAGCAAAUUGAAACUUUAUAAGUUAUACUGUGAGAAAUGUAACGAACAGCAGGAAAAACCCGCCUCUCGAUGGUUGUUCGAUCAAACCUUCAAUAAAAAGAAUUUAAGCCUAUUUUCUCCUAAGAAAGACCAAUGCAGAGUAGCUAAUGACCCAGUAGUUACAGAUAUCAGAGCACUACUUUAUGAACCUGAAGGGCUUAUAAAAUAUAAACUAAGAUAUGAUGACGACUAUGUAUUGUUACCCAAAAGACCUAAACCAAGAAGCAAUCUGCCAAAACCAAAGUUGUACCAAAGUAGGAUACCAAUUUCUCAGAUUAAAUAUAAUCACUUACAAGAGUUAAAACGUGUCAUACCCAGUGAUUGCCACAGCUAUUACGAUAGUUUGCCACAUAAG